UCUCCCAUUUUCCACACAAAGAAAGCACAGCGCCCCUCACAGGAAUGGAGGUGCACAUUGUCGCUAAACCAAGCAUCGCCAUAUUGAUAUCCCAACAACGUUGAGAGGGCAUAUGACAGUGGGAAUCCUAGUGAUGACUCUACUGUGCCCAGUGCCCCCUGAUUAGACUGGUUGGAUGUCCUCCUUAACAACUACAACAAUUAGCCUCUCUACCAAACCAACGUAGCAUCAGCUCUGCAGCGACCCCACCUGUCACCUGCAGCUUGGAGGAAACCUCCAAGGUGAUCCAGAGAACAUCCUGUGUAUAAUAUGUCCGGCUCUGUCCCAAGCCGCUCUCGAGUUUACCCUGAUGUAAACACACAGAGGCCUCGGGAGUACUGGGACUACGAGUCCCAUGUGGUGGAAUGGGGGAACCAAGAUGACUACCAGCUGGUGCGCAAACUAGGACGAGGCAAAUACAGUGAGGUGUUUGAAGCCAUAAAUAUCACCAACAAUGAGAAGGUUGUUGUCAAAAUACUCAAGCCUGUCAAAAAGAAGAAAAUCAAGAGAGAAAUCAAGAUUCUGGAGAACUUGCGAGGCGGUCCCAACAUCAUCUCACUGUUAGACAUUGUCAAGGAUCCUGUGUCUCGAACUCCCGCGCUGGUUUUUGAGCAUGUAAACAACACCGAUUUCAAGCAACUGUAUCAAACUUUAUCGGACUUCGACAUACGGUUCUACAUGUUUGAAAUCUUGAAGGCCCUUGACUACUGUCACAGUAUGGGGAUCAUGCACAGAGAUGUCAAGCCACACAAUGUGAUGAUUGAUCAUGAACACAGAAAGCUCCGCCUGAUCGACUGGGGCUUGGCAGAGUUCUACCACCCUAACCAGGAAUACAAUGUGAGAGUGGCCUCGCGCUACUUCAAAGGACCUGAGCUGCUGGUAGACUACCAGAUGUAUGAUUACAGUUUAGACAUGUGGAGUUUGGGCUGUAUGUUGGCCAGCAUGAUCUUCAGGAAGGAGCCUUUCUUCCACGGACACGACAACUACGACCAGCUCGUACGGAUUGCUAAAGUCCUUGGCACAGAGGACUUGUAUGACUACAUCGACAAGUACAACAUUGAACUAGACCCACGGUUUAAUGACAUUCUGGGCAGACACUCCCGUAAGAGGUGGGAGAGGUUUGUGCACAGUGAGAACCAGCACCUGGUGAGCACCGAGGCACUGGACUUCCUGGACAAGCUGCUGCGUUACGACCACAACGCCCGCCUCACCGCCCGGGAGGCCAUGGAACACCCAUACUUCUACCCCAUUGUUAAAGAUCAGGGAAGGGGCAGCACUCCUGGCGGAAUGGUUGCCAGCUCCACUCCAGUCAGCUCUUCCAGCAUGAUGGCAGGCAUCACCUCCACAAAGCCACUGGCUAACAUCGCUGGAUCACCGGUUAUCUCUGCCCCCAACACUCUGGCCCCACAAGUCCCAGCAGCCGCCGGGGUACAGCCCUGAAACAACCACCUCCUCCCAGCGGCCGCCGGGGCACAGCCCUGAAACAACCACCUCCUCCCAGCGGCCGCCGGGGCACAUCCCCCCUGAAACAACCACCUCCUCCCAGCGGCCGCCGGGGCACAUCCCCCCCUGAAACCACCUACUCCCAGCGGGCGCCGGGGCACAUCCCCCCCGAAACCACCACCACCUCCUCCCAGCAGCCGCCAGGGCACAGCCCUGAAACCACCUCCUCCUCCUCCCAGCAGCCGCUGGGGCACGGCCCUGAAACCACUUCCUCCUCCUCCCAGCUGCUGCCAGGGCAGAGCCCUGAAACCACCACCACCUCCUCCCAGCGGCUGCCGGGGCACAGCCCUGAAACCACCACCUCCUCCCAGCGGCCGCCAGGGCACAGCCCUGAAACAACCACCUCCUCAUGGGACCUCCUCACCUGUGUUUGUUUGGUCCCGUGGUUCGGUUCAGCCCACCCCACCCUCUACUAUGUGUUGGCCUGGCCCAUGGGUUUCCUUUUUAUUACAUUGAGAAGAAUGACAGAGAAAAUAUGUUGAAAUUGCUUUUCCCUGUUCAGUUAUAUUUUGAGAUCUGGACUUAUUGUCGCACAUGUCUGGAUGAUUGAAAGUAGUAAAUAACUUUCAUGGGGUUGGGUUAUUUCACAAAAUGCCAGUGGUCUAGGAAUUCUAACACAAUGUAGACAUGAUGAAGAACAGAAUGGAUAAUAACAUUAAUUUUUUAUGUCCCAAAUAUACAGUCUAGCUUGAAACAGUUUGUUUGGGGAUUCCUGCUGUUGCAAUACACUGAACCUGUAGACAACUUCCCAAAACGAGACAGGAUUCUCUGAUGUAGCCCCCACUUGGCAGUGCUGGAUAGUUGCGCACACACUACUGUUAAGUGCAGAAGCUACCGGUGUUUUUGAAGUUGUUAGAAGCUAUCAUACUUGUAUCUGUAGAUUCUCUACAGUGACUUGUCAGGUUGCACGCACCAAAUGCUGACUAUCACAGGGUCAAUAGUUUGCCAAUUUGGUGUUACUUUUACUUCUGAAUACAUGUUUUGUUUUUUAAUGCAGUCUCUUACGCAUGAUUUUGAUUACAUAGACAAUUUUGUAACUUUUUGUUUUUAUGUUGGGAGGAGUCUUAUCACUUGCAAAAAAAAUAAUCUACUUCAUAAAUAAACAAUUUUAAACAGG